CCAAAUUCACCAUCCCCAUUCUCACACAUUAUACAACCCUAACUUCUACAUUAGGCAAGAAGCUCCUAAGGUUUGAGAGAGAUGGCUUCAAAAAGAUCGGCAUCGGUUGCCCUCUUUUUUGCACUCAACAUUCUCUUCUUUUCACUUGUCAGUGCUAAUUGUUCUUGCCCUUCCCCCAAGCCAAAACCAAACCCCACUCCCUCCCCAACUCCUGCUGCGGAAGGAAAGUGCCCCAUAAAUACCCUUAAACUGGGUGUAUGUGCUGAGGUGCUUGGUUUAGUCAAUGUAACUGUUGGGUCACCCCCAGUUCAACCUUGCUGCACCCUUCUCAAAGGCCUUGCUGAUCUUGAAGCUGCUGUUUGCCUUUGCACAGCGAUCAAAGGCAACAUUUUGGGUAUCAAUCUUAAUAUCCCAGUUUCCCUCAGCUUGCUUCUAAAUGUCUGCUCAAAAAAAGUUCCAUCCGGCUUCCAAUGUCCCUGAUCACUCUUCCAAAUUCUUUCUUUUCUCAGUGUUUUUCAUGCUUUGUUCGCAACGGUAACUGUCUGUUUCCCUGUUGUAGUGUUUGUUUGGUUGCGAAUUGAUACUAAAUAAGUGUAGUGCCUUUUAUUUAUUCAAGUGUUUAUUUUUGGGUUUAUGUAUUUUAUGGAAAAGUGAAAGUGUAGUAUUAUUGGUAUGUUGGAUCUGAAUAAACCAUCCAUUGUUAUAA